AUGACCGACGAAGAGCUCGACCGCGAGUGGAAGCCCAGCGCCCGGCGCCCGCAAUCCACCGUCGCCCAAAUGUUCUCCCAAGAGCUGAUGGACAUCUUCCGCAUCGACAACAGUGUCGCAGAUCUCGACGAGCAGGUAGACAAGCGGAAGCAACAAAUCAACUCACAGAACUCGGAGCUGGAGGCGCUCGAAGCCCGCAUCCGCGAGAUGGAGGCCCGACUCAAGGGCCAAGGCCCCAGCAACAACAACAACACCAACCCCAACUCGAGCAGCGCAGCAGCAGCAGCGAGCAGCUCUAGCGCACCAGCACCCCCUGCAAAGGCCUACCCCGCUCAGCAACAGCAAGACAAGUACGCCGGCAGCCGUCCGGGCACCGCGCGCCAGGGUCAACAGGCUGUCCCAGGGGCACUCCCGCCCACGCCCGCAGGGAGCGAAGGUGAAUUUGAAGAGCUUUCCAUUUCCGACACCAAUCGAGCGGCCGUCGUCCCCCGACCAUCAGGAGCUUCUCGAUCGCAUUCGCGCGCAAAAGUAUCUGGCGCUGGGACCGGGGCUGAGGCCAGGACCGAAUCUGUCCCCGACGUGCACCCCUCGUCCGCGCGAACCAACGAAUCCCUGCUACUGAUCCCGGGGGACGACGCUCGCUCGAUCAAGUCCGUAUCCGAGACCGCAAGUUUUGCUGACUAUGUUAUUGUCCCCAACCCAGACGGCGACCGCGAGCGGGACAUCUAG